UAUUUCAUCACCAGAAAUAUUUAAAAUAAUCUUUAACGGUUUUUCUGCAAAAGGGAGAUAUGUGCCAAUGCUUUCCAGAGCAAGAGGCAUUCACCAGUUCUGCCUUAUGGAGAGACACGGGUGUCCUUGCUGUCAGGGGGAGUGGUUUUAAACUGAGAAAGGAGAGAUGUGGUCAGAUGUUGGGGGAAAUCCUUUACUCAGAGGCAAUGAGGUGCUGGCACUGCUGCCCAGAGCUGAGGGUGCCCCAUUGCUGGAGGUGCCCAAGGCUGGAGAUGGAGCUCUGGGUGACCUGCCCAACCCCUCCAUGGCAGCAGGUUGGAACUGGGGGUGUUUUGGGGUCCCUUCCACCCCAGCCAUUCUGUGAUUCCGUGAUGUUGGUCAGCAGCAGAGCCCCACGGCAGGAUGUGGACGCAGUGCAAGCUGCCACGUGCCAGGGCUGAGCCCAACAUUUCUGGUGCUGGGGUUAUAACCCCAACUAUCUGACACUGCACCCAAGUGCCUAACCAGUGUGGGGCUGGGGCGGACCACAGCCUGCCUUCCAUUCAGUUCUAAGAGAACAUCCAGGGCACCUCGGUUCUCUGUGGAUCAAACGGCCUUCCCAAGGGGAUCACUUCUCCAACAACACGUAGAACAGCUCCGCAGGGCUUUGAGGAUGCUUGCCACUGGGCUGUCAGUCGGGUUUACCCGGAGCCGCACACGCGAUGCAGUGAUGCCUGCUGUGGAGCACCAUCUCUCAGUAAUCAUACGGGUGUAUAACUGGUUUUGUGUGUAAUUACCUCUCGCAAGGUAGAAGAGAUGCACUUUGGAGUGACAACACAGCAGCUCGUUAAAGAUAUUACGGGGCUACUAAGUCUUUUGAUAACAAACUUUCCUUUGAAAGCUGACCAAGAUAUUAAUAUUUAUAAGCACUGGAAUGUAAUUGUUUAUUCAACGUGUUGAAUUCAAUGUUUGUUUCAUUAAGAGAGGAAACUAAUGGAGCGGUGGCACUGAUGUAUUCUAACCUGUUUUGGACAUUCUGUUUCUGCCUGUGAAAAUAAUUGCUUUGGAGAUAAUUGCUGAUAAUUGCAAAGCUUAUUUACCUCGAGUACAUGUGCAGCCGGAAAGAAAGCUGGCAUGAUUUAGGACUCUGCCAACUUUGUGUUCAUCAUUCUGGUUUUUUCGCUCGGUAUUUUGGCUCUGGACUCAGGGCAGCCCUCUGGUCCUCCCAGCGGGAACAAAUUAACGUCCUGUCCACCUGGAGACGGCCUUGAGAAGCGUUUUGGUUUGUUUGGAUUGCACUGUGUUCACAUCUGGAAAUAAAAGCUUUGGGCAGAUCGCAAUAGAGGUUAUUUACCGCCUCGACCAAAUCUCUUUCAACAGUCCCCGCCGGGCACCGCUCCUCCACACCCCCAGCCCGACAGGGGGCGCUCCGACUGCAGGCGGCGCGCUGUGCCGUUACCAUAGCAACGCUUGCGGCUUACGCCCCGGGGCGGGGAAGGGCGGUGGCGCCCCCCGACGUAACGCUGCGUGAUGACGCCACGCGAGCGUACGCGCUGAUUGGUUGGAUUUGAACUGAACGGGCGCGCGGCCGUCGGGUGAGGCAUCGCGGAGUUCGGGCCUUGAGGCGAUCGCCGUUCCCGCAGCAUGAAGGCGGCUAGGGCCAAGACCCCGCGGAGGCCGGCGCUGAAGAAGCCGUCGCCGCCCGGCCCGAAGGACCCCGUGGGGGUGUACUGCAGGGUGCGGCCGCUGAGCCGCCCGGACCAGGAGUGCUGCAUCGAGGUGAUCAACGAGAGCACGGUGCAGAUCCACCCGCCCGACGGAUACAGGAUAUUCCGCAACGGGGAGUACCGGGAGACGCAGUAUUCAUUUAAGGAAGUGUUUGGUACCCUUGUUGCUCAAAAGCAGCUUUUUGAUGUAGUGGCCAAACCUCUCGUGGAAGAUCUCAUUCGUGGGAAAAACGGUCUCCUUUUUACAUAUGGGGUGACAGGCAGUGGGAAAACCCACACUAUGACAGGAUCUCCUGGUGAUGGAGGGCUUCUUCCACGGUGUUUGGCUAUGAUCUUCAACAGCAUAGGACCGUUCCAGGCCAAGAGAUUUGUUUUUAAGCUUGAUGACAAGAAUGGUGUGGAUGUUCAGUGUGAAGUAGAUGCUCUGUUAGAGCGACAAAAAAGAGAUGCCAUGCCUGUUUCCAAAACUCCUUCUGGCAAGAGACAGGUAGAUCCGGAGUUUGCUGAUAUGAUCAACGUGCAAGAUCACUGCAAAGUGGAAGAAGUUGAUGAAGAUAAUGUCUACAGUGUCUUUGUCUCCUACAUCGAGAUCUACAACAACUACAUUUAUGACCUCCUGGAAGAGACUCCUUUUGACCUGAUAAAACCCAAGUGGAACAAUUGCAACACUCCUGUGCGAAACGGUGACUUUAUACCUCCACAAUCCAAAAUACUUCGUGAGGACCAGAAUCAUAACAUGUAUGUCACGGGAUGCACAGAAGUAGAGGUGAAAUCCACAGAGGAAGCUUUUGAAGUCUUUUGGAAAGGGCAGAAGAAGAGGCGUAUUGCAAACACUCAGCUGAAUCGAGAAUCCAGUCGGUCUCAUGGAGUUUUCAUGAUCAAGUUGGCUCAGGCACCUCUGGAUGCAGAUGGAGAUAAUGUGCUGCAGGAGAAGGAACAGAUUACUUUAAGCCAGCUGUCUUUAGUUGAUCUAGCUGGAAGUGAAAGGACAAAUAGAACAAAAGCUGAAGGGAACAGGUUGCGAGAAGCAGGUAAUAUUAAUCAGUCAUUAAUGACGUUAAGAACGUGUAUUGAAGUUCUACGGGAAAACCAGAUGUAUGGAACAAAUAAGAUGGUGCCCUACAGAGAUUCUAAACUGACUCAUCUCUUCAAGAACUAUUUUGAUGGUGAAGGGAAAGUGCGUAUGAUUGUAUGUGUUAAUCCUAAAGCUGAGGACUACGAGGAAAGCCUGCAAGUCAUGCGUUUUGCAGAGAUGACACAGGAGGUGGAGGUUGCAAGGCCUGUCGACAGACCGCUGUGUGGUCGGCGCUUCAGGAAUCAGGCCUUCAGAGAGGAGCUGGCCAGGAAACUGGAGAUUCGAGGUGGCCCAAUUAAUGGAGAAACAGAAGAGCAAUCUGCUUCAGAAAUAUUUUUGCAGAACUUUCCUCCCUUGCCUUCGUGCGAGCUAUUGGAUAUUAAUGAUGAUCAAACGCUUCCAAAGCUUAUUGAAGUCCUGGAAGAACGCCAUAAACUAAGACAAAAGUUGUCAGAGGAGUUUGCCAAAAAUGUGCUUACAUUUAAAACUGUGCUGCGAGAACUUGAUUCCGAUGUUAUGUCCAAAGAAAACUACGUUCAAGGAAAGUUGUCUGAAAAAGAGAAAAUAAUAACAGGACAGAAAACAGAGUUAGAACGCCUGGAGAAGAAAAUUAAAACUUUGGAAUACAAGAUUGAGAUUUUAGAGAAAACUGCUACAAUUUAUGAAGAAGAUAAGCGUCAUCUUCAGCAAGAACUAGAGAGCAAGAGCCAGAAACUGCAACGUCAGGCUUCUGACAAGCGUAGGUUGGAGGCACGGCUGCAAGGCAUGGUUGCUGAAACAACCAUGAAAUGGGAGAAGGAGUGUGAGCGUCGUGUAGCAGCAAAGCAGCUGGAAAUGCAGAACAAACUUUGGGUCAAAGAUGAAAAACUGAAGCAGCUGAAGGCCAUUGUUACUGAACCAAAGAGUGAAAAGCCAGAGAGGCCUUCACGGGAGAGAGACAGAGAGAAGCCUAUUCAGAGAUCAGUUUCUCCACCACCAGUACCUGUUCCUAACAGCCAGCGGCUCGUGAGCAACCAGCAGGUGCACAGACGUUCAAAUUCUUGUAGCAGCAUUUCUGUGGCUUCCUGUGUUAUGGAAUGGGAGCAGAAAACCCCUUCACACAAGGAUACCGGUGGCAAUUCUAAAACAAGGACUAGACAACAAGAACCAGGACAAAGUAGAGACUGUAACACCUCAGACAGAAGGCGAGGGAUGUGCUGGACUGGAAUCACUGAGGUUCCCAAACGUAGAGAUGAGCUAGAAAUAGAAGAGGAUCAAUGCUGCAGGAAUGCACCUCCAGUUCGUCUCAGACACAGACGGUCGCGCUCAGCUGGGGAGAGAUGGGUAGAUCAUAAGCCACCUUCUAAUCUGCCCACUGACACAGUCAUGCAGCCACAUGUCCCUCAUGCCAUCACAGUAGCAGCUGCAAGUGAAAAGGCACUAGCUAAGUGUGACAAGUACAUGCUGACGCACCAGGAGCUAGCCUCUGAUGGGGAGAUUGAAACAAAACUAAUUAAGGGUGAUGUUUUCAAAACCAGAGGUGGUGGACAGGCUGUGCAGUUCACAGAGAUAGAAACUCUAAAGCAAGAAUCUCCAACUGGUCGAAAGCGAAGAUCACCUUCCAAUGCUGAUCCACCAGAGGAUGCUGCAGACUCUGAAUGGACUGAUGUGGAAACCAGAUGUUCUGUGGCAGUGGAAAUGAGGGCGGGAUCUGCCCUUGGACCUGGAUAUCAGCAUCAUGCUCAGCCCAAGCGAAGAAAGCCAUGAACUUAACGUACUGCUGCGUUGGAAUCUUGUUGAUUUUUAUCAGACUUAUCUGCUGCCAGUGAUAAACUAACUGCUUUGUUAUCACUACAAGCUUGUAUUUUUUUUAAUACUGGCCUAUGCUAGGCAAUGGUUACAUGGAAAAUACUUUUUGCAAACCUGAAGAAGCAUGUGAGUGGUGCAAAUACUUUCAGUGGACAGGGGGAGGUUCUGCCAUUGCGCGCUGUGGACUUCUGAAGAAAUCCUUCUGUCUUGUAUUCAUGAAGCCCUCGUUAUUAAGCUGUACCUUUAUAGAGUAAUGACACAAGGCUUCUGCCUUGCAUAUAUUUCAGCUCUUUAUAGGAUGUACUUGUACUCUGGUCACUAUCCCUUUCUUGUUAGGCCCUCUGUUUUGAAGAGGUGUAAAUGCUGCAAUUUAUUCAGAUGCAGUAAUGCACUUUAAGAGUGUUCCUAUGCCAUUUCACGUAUUAUUAUAGCCAGCAGCAGCUUGGUAAUCUAAAUUUCUUCUUGGAAGAAUUACCUUUAAUUAUUUAAUAUACGAAUCAGCUUAUGAAAUCAAUUUCAAUCUCAAUCUUCUAGUCUUCAUGGUAACAAAGUGAGAAUACCAAGAUGAUGAGUAAUGAUGACUUGACGUCAUGGCUACUUUAUUUUGUAGUGCAAGUAAGUAAUUAAGUAUUUUACAUCUGUAGAUAUGGGGUAAAAGGGUAAGUGCUCACUGAUAUGGUGAUGACCUUUUAUAUAUGUGGCUCUGCAAGCAUGUUAAAAUAAAUAUAAAUAAAUAAAUAAA